UUCGCUCGGCAGCUUUGACGUUAGCUGCUCGGAGCUUCGCUAUAGUGAGCUUUAGUUUGUUCCUGCGAACUCAUCAGGCUUGAGAUCAGGCUUGAAACGUUAAAGAUGAAUGCCCACUUAUAAGUGACACCGCUGUGACGCUACUGGGAAUAACUGUUUUCCUAAGUUUGACUGUUAAACCAGGAUAGCCUCGGUAGUUGCUAACACCAACAGGACUGAGGCGGAGAGUGCGAACCAUUUCACAGCUAGAAAAGGCUAGCCCAGAUUGUGGCAUCGAUUCCCCGUCAACAUGUCGGAGCAGCUGACUGCGGCGCAGCAGCGGCAGAUCGAGGAGAACCGGCGGAAAGCUCUGCAGCGCAGAGCUGAGAGACUCGGGCGGAGCGUCUGCACCAGCAACCAGCCUGCAGCAGUUUCUGUGCAACCACAGCUCCCCAAACAGACCCUCACAUCCAACCGUGGUGCCUCAGCUAAUGACGGGCAAACUUCAACUUCUUCACGCAAAAUGUUUACUCCACCUUUCAAAAAACAUCAGGCAACAUCAUCAGGCAAUCAAAUCAAAAUCAACCAAAGUACUCUUAAUAAUAACCCUUCUUCGUUGGGACAGACACAACUCACCAGUCCAUUUCCUCAGACAAAUCAACAUUUGAACAGCGCCGUGCUGCUGACUGGAGGAGAUGCCAAGUCGAUUCAGCCCACAUCUGACUUCACCUCCAGUAGUUCUGGUGGUGCGGUUAGUACGUUCUACAAGCAAGCCAAUAAACCCACAAACGUUUCUGCAGCACAGCUCUUUUCAAAUUCGAACACUUCGAAUCCCGUGCCUGCAAAAAAGGCUGCCAUCUCUGUGAGAGGGAAAUGUGUGCCUCAUUCAGAGAAUCGCUUCAGAGUGGAAGUAGGCUACCACGCAGAGCUCAUUACUGUUUUUAAAACCAUAACCUCGAAGAACUAUGAUCCCGUUACGAAGACAUGGAACUUUGGUUUGGAGGACCACGGACACUUAAUGGAGCAGGCAGCGACCAUUGCCUCUGUCUCUCUGAGGCCUCUGGAAGGAAUGGAAGUGCUGGACGGUGCAGCAUCCACCGGCCGACCUCACGACUCUGCUACACAAGCAGCAUUAAUGAAGCUUUGCAAUGGUUGGCAGAAACCUGGCGCCACUUUGCGGGGCCAGUGCUUGCUGGUGUCCCGGACGAAGUUUGAAGUUGACAUCCUUUACCAUGCUGAUGUCAUUUCAGCGUUUAAGCAGAUGCCAACAAAAAGCUAUGACAUGGCCACACGAAAGUGGAGCUUUUCACUUGAGGACUACAAGAGACUGAUGGAUCUCAUCAGUGGGAUAGCAGGAGUGGAGGUGGAGCCUCUACCCAGGGCAAUAAUCCAGGCUUUCUCUGCCAGGUUCGAUGGGACUGAAGCCAGGUCUUUAGACGUCCCUGAGGCAGACCUUUCCAACAUCGACCCCACGCUCUCCUCCAGCCUCAUGCCUUUCCAGAGGGAAGGAGUCAACUUUGCGGUGUCUAAACAAGGUCGCAUCCUCUUGGCUGAUGACAUGGGUUUGGGAAAGACAGUGCAGGCCAUCACCAUAGCGGCUUACUACAGGAACGAGUGGCCAUUAUUAGUGGUGGUUCCAUCUUCUGUACGAUUCACCUGGGCUGAGGCCUUCAGACGCUGGCUCCCCUCCCUGAAUCCUGACAGCAUCAAUGUGGUGGUAAAAGCCAAAGACAAUCUCCGAGCGGGUUUGGUAAACGUCGUCAGCUAUGACUUGCUGAGUAGGACGGACAAACAACACCCAGGAAAGCCCUUCAAUGUUCUCAUUAUGGAUGAGUCUCACUUUCUGAAGAACAUGAAGACUGCUCGUUUUAAAGCGGCAUUACCCCUGCUGAAGGUGGCUAAGAGGGUAGUUCUUCUAUCCGGGACUCCUGCCAUGUCCAGACCCUCUGAGCUCUUCACACAGAUUUUGGCUGUCAGGCCGACACUGUUCCCCCGCUUUCACGAGUUUGGGAUGCGCUACUGCGAUGCCAGAGAGAAAAUGUGGGGAUGGGACUACUCGGGCUCAUCGAAUCUUGGAGAGCUGAAGCUGUUUUUGGAGGAGUGUCUGAUGCUGCGCCGCCUAAAGUCUGAGGUUCUCUCCCAGCUGCCGUCCAAACAGCGCAAGGUGGUCACGGUGACCGUAGAUGGGAUCAGCACCCGCACCAAAGCUGCCCUCUCGGCUGCAGCCAAAGGGUUGGCCAAGGAUCAUCGCAAUAAAAAGGAGGAGAAGGAAGCCCUCCUAGUCUUUUAUAACCAGACAGCUGAGGCCAAGCUACAAGCCAUUAUGGAGUACAUCACAGAUAUGCUGGAGUGUGGGAGGGAGAAGUUUCUGGUGUUCGCCCAUCAUAAAUUAAUCCUGGAUCAUAUCACCACUGAACUGGUUAAAAAGAGUGUAAACUUUAUCCGUAUUGAUGGGACGACUCCAUCAGCAGAGCGACAGCAGUUGUGUGAAAGGUUUCAGUUCACUGCCGAGUCCUGUGUGGCCGUGCUGUCCAUCACUGCAGCCAACAUGGGUCUCACCCUGCACGCUGCAGACCUGGUGAUCUUCGCUGAGCUUUUCUGGAACCCUGGGGUUCUCAUUCAGGCAGAGGAUAGGGUUCAUCGUAUUGGACAAACAAGCAAUGUGAACAUUCACUACCUGGUUGCCAAGGGAACAGCUGACGAUCAUCUGUGGCCAAUGAUCCAGGAAAAAAUGAAGGUCCUGGAGAAAGUGGGUUUGUCCGAGUCGAACCUUUCGGAAAAUGCUGUGAACGCAAGCUUCCACUCAAAGGACCCAAACCAGAGGAGCAUCAUGGAGAUGUUCCAGAGGUCUUUCUCUGCAGACGACGACAUGGACGAAGCGCUCUUAUCGGAGGUUGCAGAUGAUUGGGAAGACGUUCCACCAGAAAGCGUGCCUGCUCAACAAGCAUCCAGCAAAAACAGCCUCAAAGAUUAUUUUAGCAAAUGACUCAAAAUAUGUUGCAUUGAGAAACUUUAUGAAAAUCCUUUUUGUUUGUUUAUUGGACCUAAUUCUGAGUUUUCAGCCUAUCAUGACUGAUGUAAGAGUUAUGUUAUGUAAGAGUCACAGUUAUUAUUUUUGCUAUAAUAAAAUGAGAUGCAUAUUUUAAAUCAAUGCCAGUCUGAUUUGGAAUCAUUGCAGAGCCUGAAACAACCUUGAGUUCUCAUAAUGGAUGUAAAUUGACAUUUACUGGGAAUAAUUAUUGCAGAUUUACUUUUUCAGUUUGAGAGAAAAAUCCAGCUAUUAUUGAUCAACCAAGGUGAAUAUCAAUGUUUUUUUUUUUCUCCAACAAGACAACUGUGUUCAAGUAUGUUUGCCUUAUUAUCAACAGACUAUUAUACCACCCUUUAGUGAAGAGGAAUGGAAGUCCCAAGUCUUCUUUAUUAUAUUCUCAGUAUUCUGGGCGUUAAUGGUCUUGAAGUUAAUAUUAGGUUUACAAACCUGGAUGCUGGCUGUAACACAUUCUUAAGCUGCACCAGGAGCUUCCUUGAAUACUAAAGUAAAGCUUUCUGGUUAUCGCUCGACCCUGGUUUCAGUUGUGUAACUUAUGGUUGUCUUGUGUGUGCCUGGAAGGCCGUAAACCAGCAGUAUUAAGAGAUUAAGUACUCCUAAAAAGUUUGGCCUUUUAAACACCACCCACAGUAGGUGGAAACAUCUGAUUUAUGCCUCAUCUGUUACAUAAUUUAUACGAAGUAUUUUAGUUUCUUCCAACAGUUUUAAGCUUACAUUCAGGAGAAGGUAUCAAGUGUGCUGAUGCAGUUCGAGCGGUUUGGAUUGCAACAUCUUUCUCAUAGUGGUCUGCAGAGAUUUGAAUAACCCAGAUCAUCUGUGCAAUAAAGGAAGAUAGAUUUAUCUCAAUGUUGCUGCUAACUGACACUGCAGAUGAAAGCAGACUGCACAGUAGUGUUCUGCAAGCAAUAGAUAUGUGACAUCGUUCAAGUUCGUCAUCAAUCAGGAUGUAAACACAUUUUAUUUCAUUCUCUGUUCUGUAAGAACAAUUAGAAAGUGGCAUCCAAUUAUUCUUUUUGCCUUUUUGCCACCAGACUAGUUCCAAAAAUGGAGUGCAAGGAUAUUAUCAAAAUGAGUAUUUUCUAUGAAUAUCUAUUUUCUGACUGGUUAACCAAGUAAACAAUCUUAUUUCCAAGAAGUAUGUUUUCAAUUAAGUAUAUUUUUUAAGAGAAAGUCAAGACAGUUUUUACUAACUGUAACUGUUUUACUGAUUUUGUCAGUAAAACAGUGUUGCAGGUAGUCAUUUUGUGAAGAAAUGUGUUGCCAAAUCAAUGAUUCUUGCACCAAC